AUGGAUGUAUCUAAUAUGUUAAAAAAUGUUAUUAAUGACGAAAACAACUCUAAAAAGGAAAAGAGUAAACUACACAUACGUUUACAAAGAUCUAAUCUUAUGACAUUUGUGAUGAAGGUGUAAUGUGAUUAUUCAUUUUCAGGCUCUAUAAAGAAGAAAGAAGAAAAAGACAGAUUAAAGAAACAAAUAAAUCAGUUAAAAUCUAUAAUUUUACAAAUUGAAUGGAGUUUGGGUAUAUCAAAAUUUAAAAACAAUAAAUGUAUUAUUCAGCCGAGCAGUAUUAGUAGUCUGAAAACUGAUGAUAUUCAAGAUAUUAAUUUACAGUUAGAAUCUGAAUUAUAUAGAUAUUCCGGCUUUUACUGUGUCAAGUUCACAAAGCAAGAAUAUAUAUUUAAUUUUUCAUCUUUAAAUAAAUAUGAUAAAGAUAACAUUUUUGCUAUACAAAUUAUCAAUGACCAAAACAAAGGAGUUUUGGGAAAAUGGGUGAUGCCAAUGGCUAUUGAUUUAAAGGAUAUAAUAUCUGAUUUUCCUAUUCAAAAAUUAAAAAAUAUACCAUGUUUGUUGAAAAUUUGUAAACAACACAUAGACUCUUAUUUUGUACGACAUGAACAGUAUACAGCAUUGAUGCGUAGUAUUUCUAAUAUAAAAAAUUGUAAGUUACAAACUAAUUUAGGAUAUACACAAAUCAAUUUAGAACUGAUAGGAGUAUAUAAUAAAAGUACUGAUUCAUAUAUGGCCAUAAUUAUAUAUCUCCUAUAUAAAAUUAAUGAAGCUAGACCACACAAAAUUGAGGUAGAUUCAGUAAUAGAAGAAGAAUUAGAUAAAAUGACCAAAAAACGUCUGCGAUCAUCCUUAGCCUGUUUUAAACAAUUUGAUUUGCAUACAGCGUUUGAGAAGAUGUUAAACAAAGGAGAAUUUACGUGGACAAAAGACGAUCAUGAAGAAAGUCUAUUAAAUAUUAACCCUUCAAAUAAUUCAGAUCAAGAGGGAUUUUUAGAUAGUUUCACAUUACCACAAAAAAGAUCUUUAAGACUUGAAAAGAAAAAACAACAAAUGAGAAAAAGAAAAAAAAUAUCAGGAAAUGAAAACUUCAUUAACAUUUCAAAUGAAUCUGAUGAAAAAAAUCCUAUUUCUUCUGAAAAUAAAGGGCAAGAAUCAAAGAAAAAACGAAAAAUAACAAAGAAAGAAAAAUUUAUUAAUAUCUCAAGUGAAGCUCAUAAAAAAUCUAUUUCUUUCGAAAAUAAAGAGCAAAAAUUGAAAAAAAGAUGGAAACUCUCAGGAGAAAAAAAAUUUCUUGACAAUUCAGAUACAGACGAAACUGACAGAAAUUCUAUUUCUCCACAAAAUAAAGAGUUGGAAUUGAAAAAUAUUAAACAAUCUGCAAGACAAAAAAAUGUCAGUGUUACUAAGUCUACACCAACUAAAAGUAAUCCAAAACAAAAGAAAUUGAAACAGAAAAAAUUCAUUAACAAUUCAGAUGAUACCGAUAAAAAUUCUGUUUCUCCACAAAAUAAAGAGUUGGAAUUGAAAAACAUGAAACAAUCUAUGAGACAACAAAAUGUCAGUGUUACUAAAUCUACACCAAAUAAAAGUAAUCCAAAACAAAAGAAAUUGAAACAAAAAAAAUUCAUUAACAAUUCAGAUGAUACCGAUAAAAAUUCUGUUUCUCCACAAAAUAAAGAGUUGGAAUUGAAAAACAUGAAACAAUCUAUGAGACAACAAAAUGUCAGUAUUACUAAAUCUACACCAAAUAUACCUAAUCCAAAACAAAAGAAAUUAAAGCAAACAAAACUGAAAUUUGAAACAAAUCAUUCAGAAUUACAGAAUAGUAAUAAUACUGUAUCCUCUGAUACGACUGUCUCUAAAAAUGAACAGAGAAACAAACUAAAUAAACCAUUUACUAGUACUCCAAUACGUCGAAUAAGCGACAAUAAUGUACAACCUACAAAAUUAUUGCGAAACAAAAUGAGAGGAAGAAUGAAAUCUUUGACUGAAACGACAUUAAGGAAAUCAGAACGAAUCAGCGUUAAUAAUAGAAGUAAAAAAUUGAACCAACAGUGGGCACUAUGUCUAUGCAACGGUCAUCCUCGCGUUUGAAAUUAUUUAUGACCGUCGACUUACCACUAUUGUUAAGGCCCACUACUAAAACGUUUACUUCUUUUUUCCUAAGACCUAAAAGAUUCGCUAAACGAUCAAAUAGCCCCAUUCUUUGUGUUCUCUUGAAGCCAAAGGGAAAAACCAAGAAAUUCAUUGACAAAAAAAAUUCAGUAACAUUUCAUCUAGUUCAUCGGUCACAAAGAGAUCCGUUGAUCGCCGAUGAGACAGCACCAGAACGCGUGCUUGUGCCUGUUGAACACGCACAAGCCUUUAAAAAGAGGUUGGACGAUAACAAGCGUAAAGAAGAGCAACGAAAAUAUGGCAUAUAUUUUGACGAUGAUUAUGAUUACUUGAAACAUCUUAGAGAUAUUAAUUCACUGACAGCUGAAUGGGAACGUGUAGAUGCUUGUACAGGUUCAAAGUCAAAUGACCAAACAAACGCACCUAAGAUUAAUUUACCAUCUUCUGUAUUUGCUUCAAAUGUAGAGGAAAAAGUUGGUCUUUUAAACAAAGCAGCCCCAGUUUCGGGGUUGCAGUUAGAUUUAGAUCCAGAUAUAGUUGCUGCUAUGGAUGAUGAUUUUGACUAUGACAAUUCAGAAAAUGAAUUAGAGGAUAAUUUUAUAGAAUUAGCUAACGCAUCCAUUAGCAACAAUGAAAUGUUACCAGAAAAAUAUGAAUAUCAUUUAAAUGAAUCAGAUCAGGCAUCUGAUGUUUCAUCAGAAUUUGAGUUAUCAGAUGAAGAACAAGACGAAGUACGCAGUUUAGGUGGAUUAUCUCAAUAUACCUUCAGAGAGGAAGAAACAAAAUCCCGUUUUACAGAAUAUUCAAUGAGUAGUAGUGUAAUCAGAAGAAAUGAGCAGCUUACUCUUCUUGAUGAUAAAUUUGAAAAAAUGUAUGCAGCAUAUGAUGAAGAUGAAAUAGGGGCAUUAGAUUGUGAUGAAAUUGAAGGAUAUAUUGCACCUAACUCAGAUUUAGUGCUUCAGUGUGCAACAGAAUUUGAAAAACAGCAAAAUGAAAAUACUGAUAAUAUUGCACAGUUAAUGAAAGACAGAAUGAAAAUUUUAGAUAAAGAGUAUUCUAGUUCUGAGGAUGAAGAUAGUUUAGAAGAACUUGUAGUUGACUCAAAAGAAAAAGAUAAAUGGGAUUGUGAAAGUAUUAUUAGUACAUACAGCAAUAUUUACAAUCAUCCGAAAUUAAUUUCUGAACCCAAGCAUCCACAAAAGAUCAAAGUCAAUUCAAGGACAGGUAUACCGAAAAAUAUUUUGGAUGAAUGUUCUGGAAAAUUGACGAUUAAAGCAUUAGCUCAGUUUGAACAACAAAAUGAAAAUUGUAAGCCAAAUUAUCCUCAGUCUAUUGCAGAAACUAUGAAAUCUACUUUAAGUACAUUAAGUAUAAGGCCUAAAAGUGAAACUAGUGAAGAAAGAAAACAAAGGAAAAAAGCACUUAAAGAAUACAGAAAAGAAAGACGGCUAGAACGAAAAGCAAAUAGUGAAGCAUUUAAAGAAGAAAAGAAACGCCAAGCAAAAAUAUUAUUAAAUAACAGGCAAAAUAUUCAAGGAAAUAAAAUACUUUAACAUGUAAAUUGUUACACUUUUUUUAAUACAUUAAAUUUUAUUAAACACUGCUAUAAUGUGAUUGGUUUUUAUUGAUUAAAUUUAUUUAAUCAUUAAUUACAAACAGAAAUUUAUACACGAUAUUUAGCUGUUAUGUCAAAAUAAUAAAAAUGAUUGCGAUAGCAUUAUUGGCGAUUGAUAAUGGAAAAGUGUUGGUACUAAAUAAAUUAUUUUAAUGUUUUAUUCAACAGUAUAAAUAUGUCUUUAAAUUCUGUAAUAGUAAAAGUAACAUCCGACUGU